AAUCCCAUUUACGUUACGUCCAUCCCUGGGAUGGAGUGUUUGUUUCACUCUGCAGUAUCCAGUUACAUUCUAACACAGGAUUUACAGAACCCAGGAGAGCCAGAGAUCUGACAACAUAGUAACAGCGGAGGAAGCAGGUGACAGAGGCGGGGACACGGUGAGGGGCUGCUUCCCUGGGUGGCGAGGCCUUUCUCCCGGACAUGCAGGAUGGACGGGCGGUAUCACCGGGCCGCCCGGGAUGGAUUCUUGGAUCUAUUGAAGGAGGCGACCAGACGGGAGUUAAACUCGCCAGACGAAGAUGGCAUGACCCCUACACUGUGGGCGGCUUAUCAUGGACAUCUCGGGGCACUGAGGGUCAUCGUCAGCCGGGGAGGCGAUCCGGAUAAAUGUGACAUUUGGGGGAACACACCUCUACAUCUGUCUGCUGCCAAUGGGCACUUGAACUGCCUAUCGUUUCUGGUGUCCUUCGGAGCCAACAUUUGGUGUCUGGAUAAUGAUUAUCACACGCCACUCGAUAUGGCAGCAACCAAGGGUCACAUGGAGUGUGUGCGCUACCUGGAUUCUAUCGCAGCCAAGCAGAGCAGCCUGAACCCUAAACUGGUCAGUAAGUUGAAAGAACGAGCAUUUCGCGAGGCCGAGAGAAGGAUACGUGACUGUGCAAAGUUGCAACGCAAACAUCACGAACGCAUGGAGAGGCGGUACAGGAAGGAGAUAUCUGAUCAUUCUGACACAAUGAGCUUCUCCAGCUUCUCCAGCUCAGUUAGCCAGCGUUUUCCAAGUGCCACUCUACUUGCCACCAUGCCAUACUCUCAUGCUGCAGGCACCACCAAAGGCAAAACUAAGAUGCAAAAGAAGCUGGAAAAGAGGAAACAGAUGGAUGGAACAUUCAAAAUAUAUGAGGAUGGAAGAAAGAGUGUGCGUUCGCUAUCAGGUCUUCAGCUGGGCAAUGAUGUCAUGUUUGUCAAACAAGGUACCUAUGCAAGCCCACGUGAGCGAGGUCGGCAACACCUACGUGACAUGUUUCUUCAUGAAGAAGAUUCCUUAUCUCGGGCUAUUAGUGACCCUGGAUUGCAUGGGGAUUCCACUCAUUCUGAGGUUAGCACAGACUCAGGACAUGAUUCUCUGUUUACUAGACCAGGCUUAGGUACAAUGGUUUUUCGGAGGAACUAUCUAAGCAGCGGACUGUUUGGGAUGGGGAGGGAUGAGGCUAAUGGUCUUCAUGGAGUGGAAAGUGAAGCCGUAAAACUUCGGAGCCGCCUUAAACGUUCUCCAAGCCUGGAUGAUAGCAUUGGAAGUGCCGGAAGCUUGGAGGGGAGACUUGAACAGGAGGUGCCCUGGGAGGAGCAAGAUUUGGGGUUGGAUGAUGAUGAAGAACCAGAUACAAGCCCACUGGAAACAUUUUUGGCUUCACUGCAGAUGUCUGAGUUUACUUCCUUAUUACAGGAUGAAAAGAUAGACUUGGCAGCCCUCAUGCUCUGUUCUGAUCAUGACCUCAAAAGUAUUCGCAUUCCAUUGGGGCCUCGGAAGAAGAUUCUGGAUGGGAUUCAAAGGAGGAAACAGGCAGUGGAUAGAGCACCGGCCAUGGGGGAUACUGAAUUGUAAGCAACUCAGUGAGAUAGCACCAUAAAACGAAGAACGGCCAACCAAAGUGCCAGAAAACUCAACGGUCACUGGGCAAGUGACUGAUAUGCCUUUCCCAUGCCAAAUGUGUGCCACUGGAAGAGACACAGGGCUCUCCCCAAUAUUAUGAUCCAUGCGUCUGCCAAGACUAUUUAACUCAAUGUCUGCUGGAGCAUAAGGAAGAAAUUCAGGACUUGUGUGAUAUCACGUUCAACAUAUCAGAGAGCUUUGUAUUACUUAAGCAUUUCUCUAUAUAUAUUUGUAUAGUAAUUAUGUUCUGUGUUUCCCAUAUACUGUAUGUUUAAA